AUGAGGCACUUGAUAAGACAGUUUAUUUUUUGUCAUAUGUUAAGGGGUGCAUACAAACCGUUAUGGGCAUUUUCCCCCCCAAUUUUACAAAGCAGUAAGGUGAUGUCCUUUGAUUAUAAGGAGACGGAAGGGUCACGGUGGUUCUUGGGUAAUCCCUCCGAGACAUUACGCGUCCAGUGGAUCACCUUGAUCACCUUGACUUCCGUUGAUCUUCGAACUGGUCGAGCGGGCGCCACUAAUUCUUCUAUUUGUUCCGGUCGCGUGCCAGAGUAG